CGUACUUGUCCUAUAAUCUAAAGGCGUCCAUGUCACCCAUUGCUCCCUGUCCGCAAGUCUAACUCGUCGGCUCACACGCCAACAAGCCUUCUUCCUCAAUGAGCGGGCAAUGGCUUUCGACGGUGGAGCAAACGGGCAGUGGCCGGCCGGUGCUCCUCCCGAACGAGAUCGAGCGUUCGCUUGUCUCCGCCGCGGACCUCGAAUGCGAAGACCUCCCCUCCUUCCCCUCCCUCAAGUCCGGCCUCCUCAUCCUCACCAACCACCGCCUCAUCUGGCUGCCUCCCGACUCCUCCACCACCUCCACCUCCACCACAUCCUCCGCCGUGGCCGUCCCUCUCUCCUCCGUCUCCCACAUCUUCUCCACCAAGAAGUCCCUCAAGUCCAUCUUCCACUCCCCCCGGAUCCGCUUCCAAGCCUCCCUCUGCCACGACCCCAGUCCAAACCCUGACGCGGGUCCGAGAUCGGCGGUGCUGACCAUCGUGGUGAGGGGGAAGGGGGACUGCGACGCGUUUCUGGGGAAGUUCUGGGAGAGCUGGAGGGGGAGGGCAUGGGAGAGCGAGGUGGCCGGGCCGGUUCGGGGAGAGAAUACGGGGUCCGGGUCCGUGUCUGGGUCGGGUUCGGGGUUUUAUACGAGGGAAGGGGCGGUGAGGAUGGUGGGGGUGGCGGGGAUACUGAGGAAGGAGCAGGAGAUGUGGGAGAGUACGGACAAGAGCUUGCAGGACGCCUUCCAGGAUUUGAAUGCUCUCAUGAGUAAGGCUAAAGAGAUGGUGAUGCUAGCAGAGAAAAUGAGGCAAAAACUUUUAUCUGGCUCAAAUUCUCAGACUGGUUCAACAAAUGAUGACGAACUGGGUUCCAAAGAGGAGAUGCAAGAUUGGUUGUUGAGUGUUGGUAUUAUAUCCCCUGUUACAAAAGAGUCCGCUGGUGCACUGUAUCAUCAACAGUUGUCUCGUCAGUUGGCAGACUUUGUCAGAAUUCCACUUGAUAGAGCUGGAGGAAUGAUCAAUCUUAUUGAUGUCUAUUGUCUCUUCAACCGUGCUCGAGGGACAGAAUUGAUCUCACCGGAGGAUUUGUUGCAAGCAUGUUCACUCUGGGAGAAGUUUGAUGUUCCAGUAAUGCUUCGGAAGUUUGAUAGUGGAGUCAUGGUCAUCCAGAACAAGUCCCACAGUGAUGAGGAGGUUUUUGCAAGAAUCAAGGCCCUUGUAACAAAUCCUAAUGCCCUCCGAACUGGGAUAAGUGCAAGUGAUGCUGCAAUCACAUUAGGAAUUGCUCCAGCCAUGGCAAAGGAACAUCUUUUAACUGCUGAGAGCAAAGGUUUGCUAUGCAGAGAUAUAAGCCCUGAUGGCUUUCGCUUUUAUAGUAACCUCUUUACUGAAAUUAGUCGAGAUGAUAUUUACUUGGUGAAAGAUCAUGGGAUCUAUAGCGCAUGGGUUAAGCUAGCCUCUGCUUCCUAGGUGGAGUGAUUGCACAGAAUCAAGGUUUAACAGAUGCCUGACUCAAAUAAAGAGGAAAGGAUUUCAUGGCCAAAUGCACUUUUUAGUGCUGUUGUUUCUUUCAUGUUGUCAUGUUUGCUUGCUGCAAACUUGGUGAACUUUGCGAGCCAACAAAAAAUGGAAGAAAGCUGAGAGGCUGAUGAGGCAAAUGCCCUGUUUGUAAUGGUAAAAGGUUGAGCCAUUUGUAACUAAAGUGUUAAUAUGUUCAGAUUUCUAGGGCUUACGUACUUCCUGAGUAACAGCUAUACCAAAUUGUUUUGAUGUAUUAAAAAACUUUACAAUCUGGAACCCUAAUGUUGAUUAAGAUGUUCAUUCGUCACUCUGCA